AUGUCCGAAGUCACCAACGACCGGCUCCUCCAAGUGGAAAUCAACGUCGACCUGGACCUCCCGCUCCCCAUUUUAGAAACCAUACGCGCCGUACAACAACUCUCCGGAGGAAAAGCAUCAGACUCCGAUGCAAUCCCAGCCGAAAUCUACAAGCACGCCGGCUACCGCCUGAUGGACGAACUCAUUACGCUAUUUCAGGAGAUGUGGCACUGUGGGCAACGUCCUCAAGACUUCAAGGGCUCAACCAUUGUUCACUCCUAUAAGCGCAAAGCCGACCGGCAAGUCUGUGACAAGCGCAGGGACAUCUCGCUACUCAACAUCACCAGGAAGAUCUUCGCUCACAUCCUCCUCAAUCUUCUCAACAGACCUUUCGAGCAAAGACUCCUGUCGGAAAGCCAAUGA